AUGGCCAGCUUCAGCAAUCAGGACUGUUACUUACGAGACGAAAAACUGUCCUCUGAUCCACAUGUUGAACAUGACGCCAUCACUGAAGACUGUAAAGGUGGAGAUAAUGUACCUACGGUCGCUCAGAAGUCAGGACUGAGCCAAAUAGCACAGCAAGUACACCUUCCUGCCAAGCGUCACGUACGCCUCCCUGUUGAAGUGUGGGAGAAAGUGAUUGAUAUUCUUGCCUGCGAGUUUCCAUCUUACUGCGACCUAUGGAAAUACGGGGUUGUGUGCCGCGAUUGGUAUCCAAGAUGUCAGUUUCAUGUCCGCCGAAGUGUCCCUAUCGGCACGAAGCAACACGUUUACCGCUUGACCAAGUCGAUGAAAGUGAUGCGGCAGCGCACUAGUCCCAUGAAACACGUAACAUUCUUGGGACUCAAUAUCACCCCCCUUGGGCCUUUUGCAGCAUCCAUGGCGCACAAAUUGCCGGAGAUAGAGGAGCUUACUUUGAGGGGCUCUACGUGGAUUUCUGGACCCCUCCAUGAAAACACAUUCAUGUAUAUUCAUGUUACAUUCCGUCAAAUCACUCGUCUCGUUCUCGAUUCGAUCACACUGCCGAAUCUCACCACGCUUGGAAGACUAAUAUACUCCCUUCCCUCUCUCUCCAGUCUCAGCUGUUGCAGACUCUACCUCCGCACUCGAAAAUUCGUGUCGGGAACUGUCUAUCCCCGGCCUGAUUUUGGUCUGAAGCUCCUCGCUCUCAGCCAUAUCGGCGCUGAUAUCCUCGAAUUCUUCUACACCAUACUGCUCGCCUCUAAAGUUGAGCAGCUCGCGCUAGACAAUCUUGUAGGGAGCGGCUCGAAUCUCUGUGCCGUUUUGGAGAAACUCAUGGGUAUGGCGCAAGCAUCGCUUACCCAUUUUACGUUUUCUUACUUCAAUGGUAUCCUGAGUUGGGAAGAGCAUCCUCUGAAUCUCGCGGUUGCGUCUAAAAUGCGGGUAAUAACGCUUAUGCUUGGUUCCGACGAGUUUGCAAAGUCGUCCGGCUGGAUAGCCGAGUUUCUGUCCAGAGCUUUCCCAUCGACUCUCCACGAGGUCAAGAUCAUCAUCUGGAGAUAUUUGCCUUCUGGGGCAGAGACAGAAGCACUGCUUAAAGCGCUCAAUUCCGAAGAAAAUGACUACGCGCGAGUUGAUCAGGUCCUUUCAGAGGCAAGAUAUCCUGCUAUCAAGAGUGUGAUCUUUGAGCUCGAUAUGCGUGCCAAGCCGUCCGUGGAAACGGUGUCAUCGGAUGCGUGGUCAGAAUUCAUCUCGACUAGAUUUCCAAAGCUGCAAACUCAAGGAGUCAUCGAGGCUGGUGUGAACGAGCCGUAUAAAUGGACAGAUACACCUCGUCGUGUUGUGCCAAUCGCCCGCUCCCCUCUGCACAGUAUGCUGUCACAAACCCUUCACUCGAUGGGCUACCUGGCGCUGCUUCUCUCCGCCAGUCUUCUUCGUCCAAUCUUGGGCGUUCGAGCUCAAGCCCAGGACCAGUAUGGACAAGGACAGCAUGUCUUGCAACCUGCCCAGAAGGAGUUUGCGUCCCAGACCCUGGAGGAUACCAAGAUCAGAUAUGUCCUUGAUUCUGGGGUCUGCGAAACCACACCUGGCGUCAGUCAGAUGUCCGGCUACGUGGAUAUCGGAGCAAACAUGUCCAUGUGGUUUUGGUUCUUCGAGUCGCGAAAUCAGCCCGAAACUGCUCCUUUUACUCUGUGGCUCAAUGGAGGCCCAGGAUGCUCAUCCAUGAUUGCACUCUUACAAGAGAACGGACCAUGCUUCGUCAACCCAGACAACUCUACUACGUAUAUCAACCCAUACAGUUGGAAUAAUAUCAGCAACAUGAUCUACAUUGACCAACCCAUUGGCAGUGGAUUCUCGUAUGGCACGAUCGACGUGAACAGCACGUUCUCGGCAGCACCUGAGAUCUGGAAGGCGUUCCAAAUACUGUUCGAGAGUGACGAGUUCGAGAAAUACCAAAGCCGGGAGUUCAUUUUCGCGACGGAGAGCUAUGGGGGUCACUACGGCCCAGGUUUCGUCACCUACUUCGACGAGCAGAAUGCCAAAAUUACGAACGGCACGAUCGAGGGGGAGUUGAUCAACAUUAGCGCGCUCAUGAUCAACAACGGUUGGUUUGAUCCCCUGAUUCAGAACAAAGCAUAUGUAGACUUUGCCAAGUAUGCACCCGGCUAUGGACAGCUGCAGAAUGACACGGUCAUCGAACAAGUGACCAGGGCAUUCUAUGAGCCAGAGGGCUGUCAAGCGCAGCUAAUCGACUGCUCCAAAGCGGGUAACUCGUCAGAGAGCAACACGAUAUGCAAGGACGCGGAUGACUAUUGCCUGGACAAGGUGCUCACACCCUCACUUGGUGAUCGCAACGAAUACGACCUACGACAGAAAGCACCCGGCUACUUCCCGCCGUCAUACUACGAACGCUUCCUGCAGGAUCCGGUCGUAAUGAAGCGGAUCGGCGCUGAGGUGGAAUAUCAACAGUGCUCCGACGUGGUCGAGGCCGAGUUCGGAAAAACGGGCGAUGACGCGCGUUCCCUUUUGCCCGAGCUAUCAGUCCUAGCAAAUUCGGGACUCAAACUGCUGAUUUGGGCAGGGGAUGCAGACAUCAACUGCAACUGGAUAGGCUGCCAUGCCUCCGUUCUUGCAAUGGACUGGUACGGCAAUGAAACCCUACACAACACCCCCUUCGUCGAAAUGAUGAUCCACGGGAGGACCAUCGGCGCCAUUCAGAACGUGGACAAUUUUACUUUCGCACGAAUUUACGAAGCUGGACACGAAGUGCCAGCAUUCCAACCCGAGGCAUCCCUUGAGAUUUUCUCGCAGGUGAUUAAGAUGGAACCACUUCAUUCCGUUCCUUAA